AUGGCCAAUAAAAAGUUCUUGUUUCGCUGGAACGAUCACCAGCGCUCGGUGAUCGGAAUGUUCGAGAGUCUGCGGCUGCCGAGGUUCGCCGCCGAGGGCCAGUCCCUGAAGGCCUACAAGGUGGUUCUGUCCGCCUGCAGUCCCUACUUUGCCGCCCUGCUCGGGGGCCAGGACGACAGGCAUCCGAUCUUCGUGCUGAAGGAACGAGGCGAGGUCAACGUCUCGCAGGACCAGCUGGACUCGUUUCUCAAGGCGGCAGAAUCGCUGCAGAUCAGCGGCCUGUCCGAGCCGCAGUUCACGGUUCUGCCAGAGCCGGGAAAGCGCGCUCGCCGGCACUCCUCCGGAUCGGGCGGGGAUUCGAAAAACGCAGCCCGGGGAAGGGUGAGUACUGCAAAAGGAAGCAAACCCCUCCUCUAACCUCCAUCUCGACCC